ACAUUUUGUGUUAGAGGCAGACACAGACACUGCUAUUCUGCUAGUUUCCUCACAAAAUGGUGGUAAAAAACACAAACUUGUUAGAGGAAGGCACAGAUUCAACUUAUGACAGGAAAGCUGAAGUGAAAGCCUUUGAUGAUUCAAAAGCUGGUGUUAAAGGUCUUGUAGAGUCUGGAGUGACAAAGAUCCCACGCAUGUUCCAUUCUGCCAAAUUGAGCAAUAUUGAAAACUCAGCCAGUAACUCCAACUUGACUGUCCCCAUCAUAGACCUCAAAGACAUACACAAAAACCCAGUUUUGCAUGAAGAAGUAGUUGACAAAAUUAGAACAGCAUGCCAAGAGUGGGGAUUCUUCCAGGUGAUUAAUCAUGGAAUUCCAAUAAGUGUCAUGGAUCAGAUGAUUGAUGGAAUUCGUGGAUUUCAUGAACAAGAUGCUGAGGUAAGAAAAGAGUUUUAUUCUCGGGAUAAAAAGAAAAAAGCUUUGUAUUUUUCCAACCUUAGCUUGUUUACUGACCAAGCUGCUAAUUGGAGAGAUACAUUUGGUUUUGCUGUUGCUCCUGAACCACCCAAACCUGAAGAAAUGCCUUCAGUAUGCAGAAAUAUUGCGAUUGAAUAUUCAAAGAAAGUAAAGGAUUUGGGUUUUACAAUCUUUGAGUUAUUGUCAGAGGCUCUAGGACUUAAUCCUUCUUACCUCAAAGAAUUGAAUUGUGCUGAAGGAAUCUCUAUUUUGGGGCACUAUUAUCCAGCAUGCCCUGAACCUGAAUUAACUAUGGCCACUUCCAAGCACGCCGAUAGUAACUUCAUGACAUUACUUCUACAAGACCAACUUGGUGGUCUUCAAGUUCUUCAUGAGAAUCAAUGGGUCAAUGUUCCUCCUUUACAUGGAGCUCUUGUUGUAAACGUUGGAGAUCUUCUACAGCUUAUCACAAAUGACAGGUUUGUCAGUGUUUAUCACCGGGUCUUAGCACAGAACAUAGGCCCAAGAAUUUCUGUAGCAAGCUUCUUUGUAAAUUCAUCUGACCCAGUUGAAGGUACAUCAAAGGUUUAUGGUCCAAUAAAGGAACUGCUUUCGGAGGAUAACCCACCAAUCUACAAGGACAUUUCCAUAAAAGAUUUCUUGGUACAUUAUUUUGCAAAGGGCCUUGAUGGGAAGUCUUCUUUGGAGCCCUUCAAGCUUUGAAGUGAACAUAGAAAUGCACUCUUGAUUCUCAUGGAGCUGGCUAUAAUUUAUCUAAAUAACAUGCCACUGGUUUUCCAUGAUAAGUGACCUUUAUAUUGUUGGGUAUAUUGUUAAUGGGCUUAACAUCUCUCCUGGAGAGAUUGAAAUUUUUCAGCAGAAACAAAAUUUGGUGGAGUCCACAAACUUUUGAAAAUAAAAAAAAUAAAAAAUAAAAGCACGGAAUUCGAGCUGACACAA